UCUCUCUCUCUCUAGGCCCCCUCAUACUGUCACACACAUCUUUCACACCUCUCAGUCCUUCUCAGGAGGAAGUAUAGAUGGGUAGAGAGGAGAUGUGUGUGGGGGGAUGGACAGGCUACAAGUCACUAGAGUUUAGAUACAGUUAGUGAUCGACACAUUGAGAUGGAACGCACCUGUCUUCUACUCUUGCUGUUGAGUACACUGGUAUACUGUAGCCUCGGACAAGGUGGAGAUCUCUCUCUUACUGCCUCUCUGAGUGUCAGUCCUGACAGAUCUCAGUUCUUUGAAUAUGAGUCUGUCUCUCUGAGCUGUGAGGAUCAGGGGAACUCUGCUGGAUGGAGAGUGAUGAGGAACGCAGAGAGAGGGAAUGUUUCAGAGUGUAAUACUGACUGGGGAAAACAACAAGGGUCUUCAUGCAUCGUGUCACUAAUACUAUCAUACAGUGGAGUGUACUGGUGUGAGUCUGGGUCUGGAGAACACAGCAAUGCUGUCAACAUCACAGUACAUGCUGGUGCUGUGAUCCUGGAGAGCCCUGCCCUUCCUGUCACUGAGGGAGAUUCUGUGACUCUGCGCUGCAGACAUCAGGGAACUCUCUCUAACCUCACAGCUGAUUUCUACAAAGAUGGAUCCCUGAUCAGGAAUGCGACUACAGGAGAGAUGACCAUCCCUGCAGUAUCCAAGUCAGAUGAAGGACUCUACAAGUGUACCAACUCUAAAGGAGAAUCACCAGAGAGCUGGAUGACUGUGGCAGCUACCACCCCCCCUCCCACCCACCCCUCCUCCUCUCUCCCCUCCACUCUCCUCCUCUCUCUGUCUGUCUCUGGGUUGGUGGCUGCUCUCUCCAUCUCUCUGAUCAUUCUACUGGUCCUGUUCUGCAAGAGGAACAAAGAUGUAGCUGCUGAACCCAGAGAUGUUACGUAUGCUGACGUCAGAAUCAUACAGGACCCAGAACCCAGGAGAAGGAGAGAGAAAUCUCCAGGAGCUGAUCCAGUCUACUCUGCAGUGAAGACCUCUAACACCACAGUUCCAGGUGGAUCCGGUCCCGUUGAUGUGACCUAUGCUGACAUCAACCACACAGAGAAGAGACAACACAACAGGAGGAGAGAGAAGGCCGUUCCAGACCCUGUCUACUCAGCAGUAAAGACAGACAGAGAUACAGGUCAAAAGGUCGUUCCAGACCCUGUCUACUCAGCAGUGAAGACAGACAGAGAUACAGGUCAAAAGGUCGUUCCAGACCCUGUCUACUCAGCGGUGAAGACAGAUAGACAGAGAUACAGGUAGAGCUGUAUCUGGAUCCUGGGACUGAACGUACAGACUGAGUGACCCUGUUCAUCAGAACGUCAUGGUGGAUGGAAAAAGAUGCUCUCUUCAGCUGCGGUGAAUAACCACAACCCUGUCAGUCCAUCUCUUUACUUCUCCUUUCUCUUAUCUUCUCUCUCCCUCCUCCCCUUUUCGUAACCAACUGCGGCCUUGACCUCCAACAGUAUCAGCAACAGAGAGGUGUGAAGUUUCCACAACAGAGAGAGUCAGUUUAUCAUGUACUUCUCUUUAGACGCUGCAGCCUUGACAUCCAUUAACAGAGUUAGUCAGUUUAUCAUGAGAACAUACAGACACCACUGACUGGAACCAGCUGACAGUAUCAGUUGUAACGGUUCAUUACUACUAACAGGAGGGAAGUUGUAGUGUUUUGUCCAUGAUGAAUGUUGUAAAGACUUCAAUGUGUUUUAUAUUUAACUGCUCUGUUAUAUUCUGUUUGUUCAUGUGAAAUUGGAAAGUGUUUUCUAUAAUGUCGUUGUUUUCUAUAAUGUCGUUGUGUGUGUUUAUCUUGAGCAACACCGUCGUAUGGCUGCCAACUUGCCAAAUAAAGCUUCCUAAAAUGUU